UAAACCGUAAAUUGGCACAUUCGUUUUUCAAAUUAACCUGUGUGAUUCAUCUACAAUCCUUCCCUCCCUUCCAUGAGACAAGGAAACACUGUAGGUGCUUCUGUUACUCAUGUGAACGGGCUGGGAAUGGAGAUGUGAAUAUAUAUACCAGACUACAGUGGAGAGAAGUGUCACAGCGCAAGAAGCCGUGGUUCCAGACAGACUUACUUUACUUCAGUCAUUUGAGUUCAAUAAGAACUGUUACUCUCUUCAGAUUCAACAUCACUCCGGAGAAAGAACUGCAAACAUCAUGUCUGUCAUGAGGUGUGGCCAGACCAACAACUUCUGCAACAUCGGCCGUUUCCCAGCCGUGACACUCGGACCAUGCGCGCCGGUGUACCAGAACCCUUGUUUGGACCCUUGCGUGAAGCCCGUGGUCAUUCCCUGUGUGAAACCUGUGGUCAAACCUUGCGUGGUUCCUUUUGUGAAUCCUUGUGUCAACCCAUGCGCUAACCCUUGUGCGAUCCCUUGCGACUACCCGAGACCUCGCUGCGACUAUGACUGCAAGCAAGUCUUCCACAAGGAGUGUGCUGAUGAAUGUGUCCGUACCUGUGAAGAUUUGGUUCUGCAGGUACGUUGUGUUGACCUGAUGAAAUCCUGGAAGUGUCAGAAUCGUCUGGAGCAUCACACCAGUUGUUAUCGUAGUGAUCACCUCAUUGUCCGCAGAGGACAGUGUUUCCAGAUGUGGGUUGAGCUGUCCCGGCCGUUCAAUCUGAAAUGUGACAAUCUUCACCUGGAGCUGAGACUUGGUAAUGCUCCAUCAAUAUGCAAGGGCACUCUGGUGAUUGUUCCAUUAGUGGAAGAAUUCAAAAAAUCUCGCUGGGAGGCCAAGAUUGUCGAAAGGGUGCAAAACCGAGUCAAACUGUGUGUGUACUCCCUUCCGACUUCUUGUAUUGGACGAUACAGCCUCACCGUUGUGACUUGCGGCCCAAAAGGCAGAGCCACGUCUUCAUGCAACCCUUGCAAUGACAUUUACAUGCUUUUCAACCCCUGGUGUAAAGAUGACUCCGUGUACCUGGAUGAGGAGGCCCAGAGAGUUGAGUAUGUGCUGAACGACAUGGGCAAAAUCUUCUAUGGAACUAAACAUCAGAUCGCAUCCAGAACCUGGAACUUUGGCCAAUUUGAUGAAGGAGUCUUGGCUGCGUGUUUCUUUGUGUUGGAGAAGAGUGGUGGACCUUGCUCGGGAUGGGGAGACCCUGUUAACGUGGCCAGAGUGGUGUCUGCUAUGAUUAAUGCCAACGAUGACUGUGGUGUGUUGGUGGGUAACUGGUCAAACUGCUAUGGAGACGGAACUUCUCCAACAUCCUGGUGUGGAAGCGGUGCCAUCCUGAAACAAUACCACAAAUGUGGAGGAAAACCUGUAAAAUAUGGACAGAGCUUGGCCUUCGCUGGAGUCACCAACACACUGUUGAGAUGUUUGGGCAUUCCUACUCGUCCGGUCACAAACUUCUGUUCUGCUCAUGACACUGAUGUGUCUAUGACAGUAGAUAUUUAUCUUGAUGAGAACUAUGGUCUGAUCGAUAAACUGAACCGUGAUUCAAUCUGGAACUACCACGUGUGGAAUGAGGCCUGGAUGGCUCGUCCCGACCUCCCAUGUGGUUUUGGAGGUUGGCAGGUGGUUGACUCCACUCCUCAGGAGACCAGCCAGGGCAUCUUCCGCUGCGGCCCAACAUCUGUUGCUGCGGUCCGCAGUGGACAGGUCUUCCUUAAAUAUGACACUCCCUUCGUUUUUGCUGAGGUGAACAGUGACGUAGUCUUCUGGCAGAGAACAGCAUGUGGAACCUUCUCUGUGAUCCACAUUGACAAGAAUGCAGUAGGUCACUGCAUCAGCACCAAGGCUGUUGGCUCAGACAAACGUGUGGAUAUCACACACCACUACAAACACCCAGAAGGUUCAGAGGAGGAGCGUUGUGCUGUGGAGACAGCCCUUCGUCAUGGCUCCAAGAGAUGCACAUACCCACUGCCCUGCGCUGAGGAUGUCGUCUGUGAUGUCACCAUGAAGGGGGAUGGACCAUGUGUGGGCAAGGAUGCCGUGCUCUGCAUCGCUCUGAAGAACAAAUGCAGCUCACCUCGUAGCGUCACCCUCCACAGCCAUGUGUCGGCCACGUACUACACCGGAGUCCAAAAAUCCUUGGUGAAGAGGGACCAGACCUGCUUUGAGCUCAAGGCCAGUGAAUCCAAGGUUCUGGAGUGGGCCCUGCGAUAUGAGGAUUACAAGACUCACCUUGUGGAUCAUUCAACCAUGAUGCUCACUGUCGCUGGACGGGUCACUCAAACUAAGCAGAUUGUGGCCAAGCGCUUCAACUUCAGGAUGUGCACACCAGAUCUUGUUAUUUCUCCUGGAUGUGAUUGUGUGGUGGGCAAAGAAGUGCCGAUCAAAAUCACUUUCCAGAACCCACUGCCCUGCGUGCUGAAGAACGCCAUAUUCCGUAUCGAGGGACUGGGACUGAAGCACUGCAGAUCCAUUAACUAUGGUGACAUUGCAAGCCAGGCCACAGUGAACCUGACGGAGACAUUUAUUCCCAAGUGUCAUGGCCCUCACAAACUUCUGGCCUCACUGGAUUGUCCUCAACUCACUCAGGUUCAUGGAUUCACCAACAUUGUUGUCAAAGAAAAGUGAACAAGCACUCAAAUAACCGGAGGAACAGAAAGCUUUCAGCAUGCUUUUCACGUGGAUUGAUUUGCAAAGUUAAAAAAAAAUGGUAUUUUAGUUAUGUAAUCUCUAGUGAAAAUUGUAAACCAAAGGGUGCAUUUAAUCUCGGGAUCUUGCUUUUAAAGGGAUGAUUUAUGGCUGACAUUGUUUUUUUGUGGGAGUUAUAUUUUGGAAUAUGUGACGUAGUUUCACAAAUCAUAAGAAAGAUUGCAAAUAUUCAAUAAUUCUAGUCAUUUGCUUUCUUUUGUUAUGUAGUCAACCUAAACAACUGCAAUUUGUGGUUGUGUUCUAUGAUUUAUUUUCUUCUUGUAUCUGCACUGAUAAUCUGCCCUCAAUAUUGCAUCAAUAAAAGUCAUUAACUUGCA